AUGGACUCAAUUUCAGACUUUGCUCUCUACAGUUUGGGUAAAGCACUUUAUACAAUCAUCACCUUACUUUCUAAGAAUCCUACCACUAGAUUUUCAGCACAGAGAUCACAAAUUUCAUGUGUUUUUUCUUGUUGCGAUGCACGAUCCAUAUCUGUGGCUGGAAAAAUGGAAAAUUGGGGAAAAAGCAUUAGAUUGAAGAUAGUAACUAGCACUCACGGGGACAAUGGUGAGAGGCGGCAGAAACAGUAG